GAUCCCUAGCUUUCUCCUUCUUCAUUUCAACCUCCAAAGAUCGUUUCAGCCGUUCCACGCUCUCGAGCUCCCAAUUUGUAAUGUUGAACGGCUCAAAGAGGUUGCCUGAGGCCACGUCGCACCAGCAGUGAUCGACGAUAGGGAUAUCGGUGGGUAACUUCUCCCGAGGUAAUUCUGGCAUUCUUGAGAGCAGCGCAUCUGCAAAAGUGGUGAUGUUGUCGGACCACGGGGUGCUAAGGGAUGAUCCUAUUGGGACUGGCGGCCAAUAGCAUGACGAAAGAAAGAGCGCGACUACUCAUGUCGAGUGCAAUGCAAGACGAGACGUACCAUGGCCGGGCGUGAAGUGUCGUGGAUAAUAUGAAGAGUACAAGAAAGUAUGCUGGAGCUAUUGGCAAAGGCAAUAGCACAAGUGGAAGGUACCACCUAGUACACCUAGAGGUUACUGUCAAUGAUUCCGAAUGAAAAGAAAGCUUGUCUUACAGCAAGACGACUCACCACAUCCAGACGAACAAGUUGUGUAGCAAAGCGUUCAAAGCGGAUUUGGACGACGACGCGGAGGCAUAGAAUGCCUGCCCUAAACUCACACUCCACGUGCCCCGUCGCGACGUUGACGCGCCCGGCGUUCUGCACAAUUCUGGAGGAUUCCACAAGGAGAGGCCCAUAUAUUCGCUUGUCGUCCUCCACAUCGUCGAAACACACAAUCAUACACAAAAAUGUCGAAACACCCUGAAGUUCUGUGGGCUCAGCGCAGCUCGGAAACCGACGAGAAGAAGAACAUCCUCUAUGUCACAGUCAACCUCCCCGACAUCAAGCCCGAGACACUAGACUACCAGCUUACCCCUACACACAUCUCCUUGAAAGCAAAAUCUGGAAACGCCGACAAGGGUCUUGAAGAACAUGAAUACGCAUUCGAGUUCGAUCUCUUUGACGAGGUUGCUCCAGAGGAAUCGCUCAAAAGCCUGACCAGUCGCCACUUCGUCCUUGUCCUUCGCAAGAAGGAGAAAAAGGCAGAUUUUUGGCCUCGUAUCACGAAGGAGAAGGUUAAGUUCCCAUGGCUGAAGACAGACUUCAGCAAAUGGGUGGACGAGGAUGAGCAAGAGGAGAAGGCCGCUGAAGAUGACUUGGGUAUGGCCGGAAUGGAUGGAAUGGGCGACAUGGGUGGCAUGGGUGGUAUGGGCGGUAUGGGUGGCAUGGGCGGAAUGCCAGGGUUGGGCGGUAUGGGUGGAGGCAUGGGUGGAGGCAUGGGUGGAGGCAUGGGUGGCAUGGACUUCGAGCAGAUGAUGAAGUCCAUGGGUGGCGCUGGAGGGUUUGAACCCAGCGCAUCUGGCAGCUCCGAUGCUCCUGGGGAGGACGAAGACGAAGACGACGAUGGCCCUCCGCCACUCGAGGAGGCCGAGCCUGCCAAGGCGUAGAGCGAGUCAUUAUCCAUUGUAACAUACACUAACGCGCGAACGACGAGAUUCCAGAGAAGAUAACCUUGCAAUGUGUAUAGUGCUGCACUCAUAUUGGACUAUCUACAGUAAAAUUUGCUUUGUCAAUCCUCCCAGCCGUGUGCGAUGUACUCGGUGAGCUGCGUCGUAAAUCUCAUCGCGUACCUGUUCCUCGCCUGUACGAGCACCCGACAUCAAAACUCGGCUUUCGAAUCUGGGAUCCUGCAUUGCGAGCGUUGCUCUUCACAACUAUGAGAAUGCGUGAACUGCAAAGAGCGCCUUCUGUGCCUCAGGUGCAUGCGCCGCAACAAAAAACGGCCGCUGUCAAACAAGCAAUAUACGACGCCGCAAACU